UAUGCAUUAUUUUGUAUAAAUAUUAAUUCUAAAGGUAUUUAAUGUUGAGGAUACAUUAGGAUAUUACAAAUAUAUAUGGCUUUCAUAAGAGAGCAAACUAAUCACAAGCAACAUUUCGUUUCAUUACCAGAUUACAAACACAUGCAGGUUUAUCAAUAUGGAUGAGCCAGUUGAUAAGUUACAUCUACAUCAGCUGGACAAGGAUUCAAUAUGGUUAAGAAAAGAAAUGUCAAAAAAACUUCGCUCAGCUUUGGCUACCAACCGAAACAUUUCAAUGUGUAGAAAAUAUAUUUUAUUAUUACCUGACAUUUCUUCUCAUAAAGACCAUGCAAUUGGAGAUGAAGCAGGUCUUAAUCAACCUUUAUCUAAGGAUAUUAUCAAAAAAAUUGAUGAGCUAGUCAGAAAGGGUGUUAAUUCUGUUCCAGAAAUGAGACGUCUUCUGGAUGCUUAUGUGCAUAUGGAAUUUAAUUCACUUAACUUACCACAGAAAGCAAAUAAACGUUUUUUCCCACGAAAUGAGACUAUUGCAAACCAUAUGCAGAAAGCUAGAAAUAAUCUUCGCAGAUCCAUGAUAGAUCAAGAAUGUCUGCGUGAUAAGAUUAAUGAAUGGAAAAUAUAUUGUCCAGAUGCAAAAAUACAUUUUAGACCAAAAGGAAAAAUCUAUUCAGACAAUGAUUUAAAUCUUGAAAAUUCAUUACUGUUUGUUUAUCAAGAUGUAUGGCAACAAAAAUUGCUCUAUAGAUAUGGAAAUGAACUGGCUUUUUUAGACGCAACAUAUCGCACAACUAGAUAUGCCCUUCCGCUAUUUUUUUUAGUUGUCAAAACAAACAUUGAUUACCAAGUUGUUGCAAUUUUUGUUUGUGAAAAUGAAACCACAGAAGCUAUAGCAAAAGCACUAAUGUGCAUUAAAGAAUGGAAUCCAUUAUUUCAACCGAGGUUUUUUAUGACAGAUUAUUCAAACGAGGAAAUAAAUGCACUCGAAUAUGUGUUUCCAGGUUGUAAAGUAUUUAUCUGUGAUUUUCACAGAGAGCAAGCUUGGGAAAGAUGGCUGUCAAAAACCAUAAAUGGAUGCUGCCUUGUGAAAGAUCAAGUUAAAAAAAUGCUUCGUGAUAUUGCACAUGCAAAAACAGAAGAUAUUUGUCAAAAGGCAGUUCAAGGGCUCCAGGAAUCACAAGUAUGGAAAAUACACCAAAAACUCGCUGAGUAUUUAACAAACACUUGGUUACCUAUCCAAAAGAGAUGGGUGUUUGCUUACAGACAGGAUCGUCUCCUGCUGAAUGUUAACACUAACAAUGGAACUGAGAGGCAGCAUCAAUCUUUUAAAUAUAGUUUUUUAGAAAAACGAAAGAAUUCUUCAAUAACAGCUAAGCUAAGUAUUUGUAUUGAAGAAAUUCUUCCUCACAAAUUUGACAACUAUUGUGAUAAAAAUAAAAAGGCACAUUCAUCAUAUAGAAAAUACAAUGCAAAAAUUCCGCCAUAUUUGAUUGAUCGUCCACGACCUUUGGUAAAACAUUGCAUGCAUUUAAUUGAUACAUUAAAAGGCCUUGACUUACAAGGCAUUAAUGCUGUAACUGACAAGAUAUACAACGUUGCUUCAUUUGAUUCAAAUAGUCGAGAAAUCUAUAAAUGCUAUCUUGGUGGUGAUAAACAUUUGCCUAGUUGUUCUUGCCCUGCCUGGUUUAGUAGUCCAUACCCAUGCAAGCAUUUUUUUGCUAUUUUUAUAAAAGAAAAUCUCUCCUGGUCUGCAUUUGGUAGCUUAUACAGAAAUUCACCAUAUUUUAGCCUAGAUUUAUUGACAGAUGAAAAUAGCCAUGCAACCUCUGUAGUAUGUCAAGAUUUUUUUCAUCCUAACAAUGUUGGUAUUCAAAAUAAUGCUGUCGGACAUGAAACACAAUUGUCUAUACCUCUUGAACCUCAACCGUUUCCAAAUGUACAAGGAAUGAAUUUUAAAAGUACGAUUGCACCAAAUAAAAUUCAAAGUAGUCACUCUAUAAUAACAUGUCGUGAGCUAUUAAGCGAAAUCACUCAGAUGUCUUAUCUAUGCAACUCUCAAAAAAAUGUGGAUCUGUUGUUUGAAGGGCUUUAUAAAUUGAAAACUGACUUAGUUAAAAGCAUUACAAGUGAAAAUGGAAUUCUUUUGCGUCCAGAUAAUAAACCAGAUACUUGGAGGAAGACUGAAAUUAAUUCAACUAGACUUUGUCAUCUCCCAAUUAGACGAAAAAGGAAGAUGACUAAACGAGUUGGUGUCAAGUAUGAUGUUUACAAAGCAGCCUCAGAUAUGAGUGUAGUAACAAAAAAAGUUUCUUUACUUUCUGAGAUAAUCACAAAUCACUCCAUAAACGAAAGUUGUGAUAUUUUUACGGUUCCAAUUGAUUCAAUAAAGACUGAUGAAAAAUUAUCUGAUGAUAGCAAUGAGUUGCUUGAAGGCAACAUAAAAGAUGAUGGUAACCAUAUUCAAAGGACUGUUCAGAGUGUGCAAUAUCUGAAAUCUUCUUUGAUUGGAAAUUUAGAAAUGAAUAAGAUAGAAAAUGGUGAAAUGCUUAAUGAUAAAGUUAUUCAUUAUUGUCAACAAGUCAUGUCUAUGCAAUUGGAUAUUGAUGUUGGUCUGCAGGAUCCUAUUAAAGGUCAAGUCCUAGCUUUUAACAUCCAUCCGAACACCCCAUUUGUCCAAGUUCUUCAUGAUGGAAAUCUCCACUGGAUUUGUGUGACCACAUAUGGUUGUGCUGCAGGAGAAAUAUAUAUUUUUGAUAGUCUUUUUCAUGGUGCAGUUAGUUUUGACACAAAAAGGCAAAUAUGCUCUAUUUUACAAUGUGAUAAAAAAUAUCUUAUGAUUAAAGUAUUGCCUAUUCAACAACAAACUAAUGGUGUUGAUUGUGGACUGUAUGCUAUUGCUUGGGCUAGACAAAUUCUUGAAGUGAAGGGAAUACCUUCCACUUCUCUAAUGUUUGAAGAAAGUGAAAUGAGAAAGCAUCUCCUUAUGUGUAUACUAAAGAACCGGUUAGAUGUCUUCCCUACCACAAUCAAUCCAGCUAUGUUUAAAAAAUGUGCAGCAAAGGACUUUCGUAUACGCUUGCAUUGCUCUUGUCGCAUGUUUUGGACCCAUAAAGAUGAGAACAUUUUUAGCAGGCAAAUGGCUCAAUGCUUUACUUGCAAAGAAUGGUUUCAUCGGCAAUGUGAAAGAAUUCCACAGAGCGCUUAUGAACAAGAUGAGCUCUGGUAUUGUCAGCAUUGCAACAGUAUAGCAGACAUUAAUACUACAAAUGAAGUAUAAUAUCUGAAACUGUCAUGACAUUCUUAACAAAGAAAUAAUAAAAAUUAGGUUUAUUCCUUACUUAAUAUAUGACCUUGUUAUACUUACCAUCAGGUAUUGAUUUUUAAUAAUUAUUAUUAAUAAAUCUUAUUUAGAUUUAGGUAUAGAUUUUUAUUUAUUCAUGAUAAUAACUUUAUCUUAUUUAAUUCAAUAAAUCUGUCUUUGCUAGCAUAUUGAUAAUCAUUUUUUAAACCAAUGAAAUAAAUAAGAACAUGCUAUCAUACUGUCAUACACACAUACUUACACACAACGCUUGAGUUAAUAACUCAUUAUUUAAUGUUUAUGCAAAAUUAUCUUGCAUGUUUAUGCAAAAUUAUGGGCAUAGAAGUUUAUACCAAUCUGAUAUUAGCAUAUAUUUUUACAAUUGGCAUUUUUAUAUAAUGCCAUUUUUAUUUGGUAUGAACACCCUAAUUGUGUUGUUUAUGUCAUUUAUUUGAAAUGAGAUUUUUUAUUUUGACAAACUGCUAAUACCUUUUUAAUAUUGGCAUAUCAAGAUUUAUAGCCUUUUGUGGUAUAAGCCUUUAGGGUUAACACACACACACACACACACACACACACACACACACACACACACACACACACACACACACACCAUAGUGUUAUUAUUCUUAAUUAGAUUUUUUUUUUAGGGCGGUGAGCGGAACUUGGCUACCUUCUCGUGGUGCUCACUGUUAGAAAUGAGUACAAGAGAUAAAAAUUAACAUUUGAUUUUUAUCUCUUUAAUCAUACACAAAAUGCCAAGUCGAGAAAGCAAUUGUCGGUUAUAGUCAGUCUGGUUCUACCGAUUUAUUGACUUUUUUUUAUUUACAUAGUUUGGUUUAACAAAGUCAUUUUAAUGUUCUUAUGAAUUUUGAAGAAAUAUAUGCAAGCAAGAAAUUUGGAACUUUA